AUCCUCCUCCAUACCUAUACUCCUAGCGCACGAGGCUCCCGACCAUGUGCGGAGAACAGGUGAUCCCCGACGACAAGCCGCCGCCGGCGUUGACUCGGCCCCGCGGCGAGGCGUCAUGGGAGGCCAGGACGACGACGACGGCGGCAAAGACGAAGAAGAAGAAGCGUGGUGCGGACGAGGAACAAUGGGAGGCCGCCUUCCAGGAGUUCAUGCGCAGAGACGACGACGACGACGACGACCACGACGCAUGUGCCUUGCUCCCUCAAGGGGUGGCCGCGGUGGAGCCGGCGCCGACCGGGACGCCGCGGCGGCAGCGGGUGAGGCGGAGGUACGGGUACCACGGCAUCCGGCAGCGUCCGUGGGGGAGUUGGGCGUCGGAGAUCCGGGACCCCGUCAGGGGCGUGCGUGUCUGGCUCGGCACCUUCGAUACCGCCGAGGAGGCCGCGCUCGCCUACGACGCCGAGGCGCGCCGCAUCCACGGCCGGAAGGCGAGGACCAACUUCCCGGCCGUCGAUCCGCCCCCUCCGGCGCCGGCAAGUUGUUACCACCACCACCGGACGACGACGCCGCUCUGCUUCUUGCUCGACGGAGACCUCUUCCUUGGAGGAGAAGCGCCCCACGGAAUGGGCUCGGCCGCGACGUCGACGGCGUCUGCCGAGCUGAUACAACUGGAGUGCUGCUCCGACGACGUGAUGGACAGCCUCCUCGCCGGCUCCGACGUGGCCAGCGGCUGCCGCGACAUGGACAUGGAUAUCUGGAGCUUCCUCUAUCUGUGCUCUAAUUAAUAGCCACGCGCAAGCUCACCGUCCGGCAGGUAAGAUUAUGCCAUGCUAGUCCACCACUUCACGUUGCAGCCAUAAUUCAUACUACUGUUUUGUUGACUGUUAUCUGGUAUCACGUCCUUUAAUAAGUUAAUCUGGGAGACUUACGAUAUCUUCUAAUAUUAUCUAACGGAUGUAAUUUGUAAGUUUUAUCUACUUUUGCUUACUUUAUUAUGUGAGGUGUUGAGUCAAUGUAAAUAGUAUGGUGAUCCAUGUGCCUUUUCUAAUAA